AUUUUAAGUAACUAUAUGAAAAUUGAUCUUCGGUUGAUGAGCACUGUUGUGCAUCAUUGUAGAGAGAUGUUAACUUCUUGUUACUGUAGUUUCAAAUUGUCUUUGUCUAUAAUUAAAGUGUGAGAACGUGGACCCCGGACCGCUUUAAUGAACACUCCUACAUUAAUAGCCUUUAUAAGAUGGUAGGAGGGAGAUUUCAAAAUCAAAUGACAAUGAUAUUAUAUGACUUUAUAGAGUGCAGUGGCGGGCUCUUGGUUCAAACUCUGGCUAAAGAUUAAAAAGAUGGGAAAAAUGCCCUACCAAAAGUCUGUUAUGUCCAUCCAAAUAAAGUGUACCUCAUGAAGAUCUUUAUAAGGUGCCAAAGGUCAUUCAUUUCUAGACAGCAGGAGUACAAAACUCUCUCUCUCUCUCUCUCUCUCUCUCUCUCACACGCACAUACCCCACACAAUAUGUCAAUUGUGAAUAGUACUAACACAAGCAAAACUACUAAUGGAAGCUCUCUAUGGCAAUUUGGUACUGAAUUCCAAUUCCAUCAAGUAGUAGCCACUACAGAUGAUUACCACAGAUGGAGCUCAGCUGCAUCAAGACUAGCAUUUGACAACGAAGUGAGAAUGGCAGAAAGAUAUGCAAACAUAGAUGGUGAUGAUCACUGUAGAAAGAAUAAUUUUUUAGAUCUGUCACUGAAGUACUCUCAGAUGAAAAUUCAUCAUCCUUUUCAUGGGCAGCAGCCUGAUAAGUGGUAUAAGACUCUGCCCUCUGCUGAGAUGCUGCCUAGGAAUGAGGUCUUGGGAGGCUUCAUUUUUGUAUGUAACAAUGAGACAAUGCAAGAGGAUCUCCGCCGCCAACUCUUUGGCUUACCUCAGAAAUAUAAGGAUUCUGUUAGGGCAAUAACCCCUGGCAUACCCCUUUUUCUUUAUAACUACACUUCACACCAGCUGCAUGGAGUAUUCCAGGCAAUGAGUUUUGGAGGGUCUAACAUAGACCCAACAGCAUGGGAAGACAAGAAGUUCAAAGGAGAAUCAAGAUUUCCGGCACAGGUUAGAAUUCAAAUCAAGAAGAAAUGCAAACCAUUAGAAGAAGAUGCAUUUAGGCCAAUAUUGCACCACUAUGAUGGCCCAAAGUUCCGAUUGCAGCUCUCUGUGCCUGAGACACUUGCAUUGUUAGACUUGUUUAAAGAGGAGGACCUCUCACCAAUGGUAGCAGUAGCAGGAUUGCAGGAAGCUCAAGCCUACUAAAGGGGGCAUAUGACAUUAUAUAUAUAGGAAUAGAGAAUGCUCCUCAAAAAAUGAUAGUGGUAAAGGACUGCAGCAUUCACUAAUGGUUGCUUGAAAAACAUUUGACUCAUGAUGGUGACAGAUGAAGAUCCAAACAAAAAGCGUGUUUAUCAUUCAGAUUUUAUUUCAGACAUGUAGCAUGGAAUAGAAUAUAUUUGAUGUGGACACUUUAAAAACA